AUGAAGCUGCUGGGUGCUGUGUUGCUGGCUGCCAGCCUGCUUGGCACUGCUGCCCGGGAGGAGCAGUCCCCCUGGCCAGAUGACCCUUUGCGGACCUGCUUCUUCCAGAUGCUCAGCGGUGUGGACGGUGAAUUCUGCAGGGGGGAUCUAGAAAUUAUCUACCCGGAGCUGGGUGACGUGGGCUGCACUUACAUCCCCAAGUGCCACCAGUACCGGCGGCGGAUCAGCAGGGAAUGGGGCAGCCCCCGCGUUCGGUACCCCCAGGCUGAGAAGAGCAAGAAGUACGUGCUGGUGCUGGUGGACCCCGACGCUCCCAGUAGAGCCAACCCCAGGAACCGGUUCUGGAGGCACUGGCUGGUCACCGACAUCCCAGCACGUGGCAAGGUUGAGUCCCCCCGAAAUGCCGGCAGCCCGGCAGCGGUGGGAGCCUCGGCACUGCCGCGUUUGCCAGGACCCGGCACCAGCCCUUGGGGCACGUGUUUCCCUGAUGAGGUUUGUGUCGAACAGGUUUCCCGGUUAAACCCUCUUUGCGUCCCUGCAAACCCCAGCUCCCCCCGGCUGAUGCUCUGUCUCGUUGCAUUUUGCUCACCACGGGUCCAAAAAGGACUUUUCUGGCUCUUUUCUGCUGCUGGGCUCUGUCCCUCCGGCCUGGCCAUGGCGGUGGCUGACCCUGUGGCACGCCGCGUUUCCCUCUGGUUCGGCUCACCGCUUGUUUAG